AGCGUGUUGCAUUAGAUAUUUUAUAAUCAUUAUGGAACGUAAACAGGGUCAAACAAUUCGUAGUGAAGCCCGGAACAUAAUCCGGCGCGUAAUAGAAAAAUGUGACGAAGAAGCGCGUAAAGGCGAAAUGAUUUAUCUACUUAAGCAAGCAAAUCUCCGUGCUUCAUUUUAUACUGGAACAUCCAUUCCAACCAUUAGUCGUAUCCGAAAGGAGGAUUCCACGUAUAGAGAAGAUGAACCUCUACCAACACCGGGAACGAAACGCCCGAGAAGUGAGGAUAAAAAGUUUCACUGCUCACUCGAGGACCAGGCGGUAAUAAGAGGUGUUAUUCACGAUUUCUAUUUGGAAAAAAAAAUUAUGCCUACUGGUCCUAAAAUAUUAGCAGCGAUACGUAAAAAAAUCAACUUCCCAUGGGAAAUACAUAGUCUCCAUAAAUUACUAAAGUGCAUGGGUUUUGAAUGGAGGAAGACUAUUAAUAUUAAAAAGGUAUUAAUUGAAAAGCCAAAUUUUAUAGCUUGGAGAGCUAAAUAUCUGAAAGCAAUAGAAUAUUAUCGCAAGCAAAACAGACCUAUAAUUUACAUUGACGAAACGUGGGUAGACAACACCUUGUAUUUUCAUAAAUGUUGGGACGGUAAGGAAAUAGGAAUUAUGAAGAACACAAAUUCAUCAAACCGUUUGGUUAUUAUUCACGCGGGAGGAAAGGAUGGUUUUAUAAAAGGGGCAGAACUCAUAUUCGAGUCUCAAACGACAUCUAGUGACAUCCACGGACAAAUGAACCCGGCAAAUUUUGAAAUAUGGAUUACCGAAAAAUUACUGCCUAACAUUCCUGCAAACUCCGUGGUAGUUAUGGAUAACGCCCCCUACCAUUCAGCUCGACUAAACGAACCGCCCUCGAAUUAUUCCAAGAAAGAAGAUAUACUUCGAUGGCUGGUUGAAAAUAAUGUCCCGUAUGCACAGAAUAUGAGGAAAUACCAAUUGCUUGAGCUGGUAAAUACACACAAGAAAUUAAAGAAAACGUUUAAAGUCGAUGAGAUACUAAAAGUACAUGGGCAUAAUGCCUUACGAUUACCAUCGAGUAUACUUGAUCUGAAUCCUAUCGAACUGGCUUGGUCCCAGGUAAAGAAGAAAUUAAGAGAGAAAAAAAUACUUGUUUCAUCGAGCAGUGAGCUGGAACGACACAUCAUGGUGGCAAUUAACGAAGUGACACAAAAAGACUGGCAGAAUUUCUGUGAACACGUGGAGAAGCUUGAGGGAGACUAUUGGCGAAAAGAUGGAUUAGUAGAAGAAAUAACAGAUAAUUUAGAACUACCAAGUGAUGAAUCGGAAAGUGAUUCUGAUGAGAGCACAGAUUCUGAAGAUUAAAAGGGGCAUUUUAAGGAAUAAUGGAUUCUAUGACCGGAAUGGAUUAUUUACUUAUAUGCAUAUGUUAAAUAUUUACUUUGCUACAAGCUGAGGGAGAGGGUACAGCCACGGCCGGUUUUAGCAAUAUUGACGCCCCGGGCAAGAUUAUCGUGGCGCCCAUUCAGGGGCUAAAAGACGCGUCAGGGAAGAUGUAGACAUAAAUGUCGCAGCAUAUAUAACAUAUAUGUAAUAUUACAUAUGAGAUGUAGAUAGAGAGAAGAGGCAAUAAGAAAAUAUCGGUAUAUUCGCGUACUAGGGACACCGGGUUGCGGCGCCCCCUACAGAUCUAACGCUCUGGACGAUUGCGCGACCGCGCGCCCCCCUGACGCCGGGCCUGGGUACAGCUAUGUAGCUUUAAGUUAUGGAAUUUGUUAGUUGAUCAAACCGGUAUCAUUGAUAUUGAGGUCGUAGGAAUUAGACGCCGAAAUGAACCGUCGUAUGGGUCAGAUAGAUUACGAAAAGAGGGGAAGAGCUUGUCAUGGAUACCGUGAACAUUAUCUUAUGUUUAAGAUAAUGAAAGUACUAAUGUUCAAAAUAUUGUAUAUAAACGUUGACAACAAUGACCAUACACAGUCAUUUCCAUCAAGUUAUGGACGAUUUGAUGGAAACAGGAAUACUGUAACUGAAAUAUCAGAAUUGAAGAGGAAAACAAUGAGCCCUUUCAAAACACAAAACGUUUGUGCAACUCUCGCUACGUAAGGGAUCCAACUACAGAGAACUGCACCAGACGCUAAUCAAAGAAACUUGCUUUAUUAAAAACUUCUAACUGUUUUUCAUUUGAAUAAAAAUGAACCUUCUUCCUCAA